AUGCCCCACCGCAGCGGUACUUCCACGCGGUCCGACAAUACAGCGACCACUACGACACUGCCAGAGAAGGUACAGUGGCCAUCGACAUUCACAGAUGGGCUACCCCUGCCGAAGAUUGUCGUGUUUGAUCUCGAUUACACAUUAUGGCCAUUUUGGGUGGACACGCAUGUCACGGGACCUAUCAAGGCGAUAGAGGGCGGACUGAAGGUCAAGGACCGCUACGGAGAGGCAUAUGGCUUCUACAAUGAUGUUGGAGGCGUAUUGGUAGCUCUCAAAGCCAAGAACAUCCUUAUCGGCGCCGCCUCACGCACACAUGCCCCCGACCUUGGCCGCGAGAUGCUCAAGCUCCUCAAGAUCCCCAAUUCGUCCGGCUCUUCGACCCGUGCGAUCGACUACUUCGACCACCUGCAAAUUUACCCUGGCAGUAAGACGACACAUUUCGAGCGCAUACACAGGGAUAGUGGGAUAGAGUACGAGGAGAUGCUAUUUUUCGAUGAUGAGAACAGGAACAAGAACGUCGAAGUGCUAGGUGUGACGAUGAAACUGGUACCACGAGGUGUAACGAGGGAUGUAAUUGACGAGGGAGUCAGAGGGUGGAGGAAGAGGCACGGGCGGGAACAUGUUUAG